AUGAAUGUUUUGGAACAAUCAUUAAAAUAAAUUUAGGAAUUGCACAUCAAGGGUCAAUACAGAAAAGCCUAUGAAUAACUAAAGCAAUUAGGGACUGAUCUUGAGGCCUAUGACCCUACUUUUAAGGUAUUCCAGACAAGAGCCUGCAACAUCGAAAUGCUGGCUGCCUUCUACACAGAAUAUGGGAGUGUAGCUUUAAAGUUGAGCUUGCUGGAUAUCUCGAAGGAGUGUGUGCAAUGUGCAUUCUAUCAUUUGAAGGGUUUUGCAAACAUGAACCUAUUUAUAUUGAAUGUCCUCACCUAUUAGAGAAUCAAUUUCUGGCUCUGCAGAUAUCUUGACUCUAUCCAUUUGUUAAAGAGACUCUUGAGUGUGGUGCCCAAUUCACUAGUUCAUUAUAAAAUCGAGAUCUAUAUCAAUAUUGCCAAUUCCCAAAGAGCUUGGUGCUUUUACGAUGAUGCCGAAGUCUCCAUCAACCAAGCUGAGCAAUUGGCCAGUCUGCUCAAUCCAUCCUACCAGAAUGACCUACUCAAAACCAAUAUCCUAUUUCUUAAAGCCAGACUUUAUAUGGAUACGGAUCGAAGCAAAUAUGGACUCGAUUUCGCAUUAGAUUGUUUACAGCAAAGAGAGAUGCUAUUGCCACGUGAUCAUCCUGAUAUUGCGAUAGCCAUGGAACUUGUAGCCAAAAUCAAUUUUAGUUAGAAUCUAGUGCAAGAAGCAUAAAAGUAUCAUGAUUAGGCCUAUAAGAUGAAGAUCAAGGCCUUUGGAUUGCACAACUUUGAAACCAUAGAUUCUAUUAAUGAAAAGGGACGUCUCUUGCUCUCCUCUAAAAAGGAAUAACAAGCCAUGUAUUACUUUCAAUUGAUCGGAGAAAUCAGUUAAGUACUUCUGGGACCUCUUAAUUAGUAUCAAGCACUCUCCUACAACAACCUUGGAUGUGCCUUGUUCAAUAUUGGCAAAUACGAAGCCUCCAUACAAUAACAUUCCAAUGCCCUAUUCAUCUAUGAGAAAUUGUGCGGUCUAGAACAUUCUAAGUUAGUGUUCUCCUUAAAUUAAAUGGCAAAUGCUAACAAACUACUCAACAGACCUAAAGCAGCCUUCAUGAUCUGGAAACGUUGUCAAACUAUCCUGGAGAAAAAUCCUCAAAUCAAUUCCAAACAGUUGAAUGCUAUAAAGUCUAGUCUAUAAGGAUUGUCUAUACAAGAAGAAGAUUGAUUAUUAUUAUAUGAAUUGUCUAUUUAUUUAAUGGAGAUUA